AUGAAGUGCACGUGCCUGCACGAAUAUUUUAUUCAUAGGUACAACUCUCCACUUAUUCGCCAACUAUUUUCUCUGAUGUUCCUUCUAUUCACUAUAAUCUACAUGUCGAUAGUGAUUUAUGCACCAUCAGUGGCGCUUUCUCCAGUUCUGCAGAUCCACAAAUGGUGGUUGGUGUUAGUGAGUUGUUUCAAAGCACUAUUGAAAACCAGAACCAUGCACAUAGAGCCUCCAGUCCUCUGUGGGAGUAUUGUAGCAGUUUAUCCGGGGAUUUUCGGUCUCUCAACGACUCUUUACACCUGCAUCGGUGGAUUGAAGGCUGUAGUGUGGAGCGAUUCUUUACAGGCUGUCCUCAUGUACAGUGGAGUUUUCACGCUAAUCGUCCAAGGACUUCGUCAUCCAAAAGUCGGUGGAAUUGCUAGAGUGUGGAGCGUAGCCGUGGAGAGUGGAAGAACAUCAGAGUUGUUCAGAUAUGAUCCGAGAAUUGAUCAGUACAACAGCAUCUGGAUUAACUUAUUUUCUGGGACCAUCACAUGGUUAGCAUCGUUCGGUGUCAAUCAGCUGGCAGUUCAAAGAUACGCAAGCCUUCCUUCGCUACGUAAAGCACAGAACAUCAUUUAUUGCACGCUCAUACCGUUCAUCGUCCUCUGCUCAAUUGUGGCAUUUGUCGGAUUCAUCUCUCUGGCCUAUUUCUACAAUUGUAAUCCAGUCGAUACGGGAGAAAUCACGGAGACCGAUCAUCUCACCAUUCUUUUUGCAAGAGAUAUUUUA